CUCCACGGGCGUCUCAAAUCACGUGAUCGUGACACCGCUCGCAUGGCCAGCGGCAGUCGUAUGUGGGUUGAAUGUCGCCUGAGCCAUACGAUAAAUACUGCGUUAUGUCGGUCUGUUCCACGAGUUAGUGUGUAUUAAGUGAACGGUCAUAGGUUGGAACAACUACAAAUGUGAUACAGCUGGAUCCAAGGCACUGCUUAGUUUCCAAUCGGAUUGUUGCAGACGACAUUCAACAGUUCUUCCGCUUACGAACUUCACGAAGGAGAGGGACAGAAGCUUGGAGUUGAAGUAACCAUGCAAACACGCAUGCCUGCGUCCGCUCCAGCCAGUUAGGCGAAGAGCUGGGAAAUUCUUUGUGGUUGGAUUUUACCUAACUCAGUAGCUCCCUGACACAGAGACAAUUGUGGAGUGAUGUUUUUGUGACACACGGAAUACGAAAGCUGCGUGGAAAAUAAAUCACUCUGCUCGGGACGAGCGGCCUUCUGUCUGAUUUGUGGCCAACAAGGGAUGUGAAACCAGGCAGUCCAGUCACAAGUUCAGCAAUGCCACAAGGAAUGAAAUCUGUUUCAAAUAUCUAUUGAACUGACUCAACUUUACACUAAAGCAACUGUUCACGAACUAAGUCGUUACUAGUCCUGGCAUUUGAGACUUGUCUUCCUUACAAGUGAAGACACUAUGGGUUCAUCAGAAACAGAGAUGGCAUUCAAAAUACGAUCUUCAAAGUUUCGGCAUGUGUAUGGUAGUCCAUUGCGGAAAGAGCAGUCCUACGAAAACCUGCGAUUGACUCGGAAUGCUCAUGAUUCCAAUUUCUGUGCUGUCAAUCCCCAAAGCCUGGCAGUGGUUACAGAAACUGGUGGUGGAGGAUCGUUUGUUGUGGUACCAGUUGAAAGGACUGGACGAUUUGACAUCAGUGCACCUAAAGUAUCAGGACAUUCUGGAGCUGUGUUGGACAUCAAAUGGAAUCCCUUCAAUGAUAACAUUAUAGCCUCUGCCUCAGAAGACUGCACAGUAAAACUAUGGCAAAUUCCCAAAGGUGGCAUUAUCACAACGCUCAGUGAAUGGUCAGUUGACCUUCAUGGACACAAUCGACGUGUUGGCUACCUUGAGUGGCACCCAACUGCAGAAAACAUCAUUCUCUCAGCUGGCUUUGACUAUAAGUGUAUUAUAUGGAAUGUAGAACAAGCAGAACCAGUGAACAUUGUGAAGUGCCAUACAGACACAAUCUUUUCAAUUGGUUGGAACCGAGAUGGAAGUCUUUUUGGUGCUACAUCUAAAGAUAAAAUGUUGAGAGUUUUAGACCCUAGGCAAUCUACUGUUGUUGCUGAAACACUAUGCCACAAUGGUGCAAAAGCAUCCAAGGUGGUUUUUGUGGACAACAACCAUCUCCUGACUACAGGAUUCAAUAGCAUGAGUUAUCGACUGAUGUCCUUCUGGGAUUUGAGGCAGAUUAAAAAUCCGCUUCACACAACGGACAUUGAUUCCUCCUGUGGUGUUCUGCUGCCAUACUAUGAUUAUGACACAAAAAUUAUUUUCUUGGCUGGAAAGGGUGAUGGCAACAUUAGAUAUUACGAGGUGUCAGUGUCAGAUUCCUGCUGCCAUUUCCUAAAUGCGUAUCAGUCUUCAUCACCGCAGAGAGGCCUAGGUAUGAUGCCAAAGAGAGGAUGUGAUAUUAGGCGCUGUGAGAUCACGAGAUUCUACAAGUUACAUGGUGCUAAGAACUUGGUUGAACCCAUUUCCAUGAUUGUUCCACGAAAAGGGGAUAAUUUUCAAGAGGAUAUUUAUCCACCGACAGCUAGCACUAUUCCAUCGCUACGAGCUGAUGAGUGGAUAGCUGGCCAAAACCGGGAGCCCAUCCUUGUGUCACUCAUGGAUGGCCAAGUCACAAACACACCUAAAAUCACCACUUCCAAAGCUGUUCAGAAACAGGAUGGUGCAUUGCAGCACGGUCCUACAAUCACAACCUACAAAGCUGUUGGUCAUGGGGGUGAACCCCCUGUACAGCUGCGUAAGAACAAACAGACUAACAUUGCAGCAGCCAGGCCCAAUCAUUGUGAGAACCAGCCUCCAUCAGAACCAGCCUCAAUCAAAAACAUUAAGCGCCUCAGCUUUAAUGAGGAAUUUGUGACAGUCAGUCCAGACAGCAGCACUAAAAGGAUUUCAUUAGAGAGCAAUGCUUCAUCAGCUUCAUCAGUUAUUUCUCCAAGCAAAACUGUUGAGAGAAAGGUCAGUUCACCAGGCACUCCUCCUGGUGCAGAGCCUUCAACUAAUGGACUUCCUUCCUGCGAUUCAGAGCAUGAACCUCUUUCUUCACAAUCUUUGGAGACGGUCAACGAUCGGCCAAAACUGACCUCUGUGCACCACUCAUCUUCCUUCCAAUCCCAAAGCCACUCCAGCGCCACUUCUGGUGUCUCUUCAAGACGCCACCAGAUCAGCCGAGCCAAAACUAUAUCUUCUCCUCACGAGCACAGCAACUACAUAAACCUAGUCAUUGGAGAACCAAGCAUUCAGUCAUAUUCUAAUAAAAUCCACAUACGAAAGACUUGGCAGUCCCCACCAUCCUCAAUGCAGCCUCUGUCUGAGAUUGAGGCUAUGACACCACAAAGUGACUCAGAGCUGAAAAAAGCAUAUUUUCGACAGCUGGAAGAGAUUAACAGUUUGAAGGAGCAAGUUGCACUCAAGGACAAACGCAUUCGACAGCUGGAAGCAGAGCUUGUAUCUCUUAAAGAGAAGGAGACUUCCUUGGGUCCUGGCGAGAGCAACUGUUAAAGUGCUAGAUGGCAGAUGGAAAAUUCCAAAUAGUUCUUUGCACCUAGCAUAGAGACCAAGAGUUGAAGGUUUCAGGUUUCAGGUUUCAGGUUACGUUUAUGUGGCUGCUGUUUGAACCACAGAGUCUGAGAGACAAGAGGAAUGUUAGCUGUUGCUGCUUAAAAAACUGAUCAUUGAUAUAGAGCUCCAAGUGUUUGAUAUGCAUUUAGCAUCAGUUGAUGUUGCUGCUUUGGACAGGAAGAUUUCUUUUAGUGCAGCAGUUAUAAAGCUGAAAUUGAAUUAAAAGGUAAAGUCUGCAGCAAGGUUCCAAAGUUUUCAGUGUUGAAAAUGAGUCAUUAUAAUGAGAAGACUAAAAGUUACCAAAUUCUCAACCUGUCAUACUAUGGACAAGAGCUGAGAAGCUAGCUUCUUACACACUAAAUGUGGCUUAGAUAGUAUGACAAGUCUUCAUUUAUCUGCAAUUGAAACUGUUGCUUGAUUUUUCUGCUGGCUUUUUCUACUUAAUAGAUUCAAAUUAAUCUUUUCUAUGUAAAAAUCUCAUUUUUUUAAAAAUCAGCUUUAGUUUCAUUUGUUAAUAUUUUUUCUUUUCUUGUCAAUACUUUGUCUCAUUUUGUAGAGCUAGUGAAAUGUUAAACUUUUAAAAUCUGUUGUGUGUUACUGUGUGUACCAUGCAUCUAACAACCAGAUGCACAUGAUACUGGUACUCUGUUUCCAUGCACACAUCAGCUGGAUGCUCAUAGUGUCUGCUGUUUCUAUGGUUGCUGCACAAAAUCACUUACUGCUUUUGCUUUGCCCUCAGCUGUAUUGCAGACAAAAUUAAUCAAGCCUUGGGUCUUGGGGAGGUAUUAUUGAGUUGAUGACUUAGUGGUCAUUUUGAACAGGUAGAGCUGAAAGCAGGCCAUAGUCUAACAGGAUGUAGCAUUAACCCUCUCUUAGAAUUCAAUUAUGUGCAGCUGAGAGAAAAGAAUUACCUAAUGAACUAUUCAUAUGGUUCCUUCUUCUUGAAUUUGAUGUGAAUGUCUGAUCCAUGCAGUAGCUUCUGUUCUGAGUGUAGCAAGGGCACAAUCAAUAUGUACUGCACACACAGUGAUAAUGAACUGCUCUUCAACGCUCAUGCUUCCACUAUCAUUAUUUGCCAGAUUCUGUAAUCGCCAUUGAAUAGCAAGCCAUUUCUGUUAAAGCAGCUUUUUCUCUGCUUUACCUCAUUGGAAAGUGUAGCAGCCAUAUUCACUCCAAAUGCUCUAUAGCUUCAGUAUUCUUUUCAUGUAAAGUCACAGUACUGUUACGAACAGUGAUAGUGUUUAUGCACAACUGAAGAAAAAACUGUAUCCUAUUCUGGUUCGCUUUCAGUAUGAGGUCACAUAACAUCAUCAUAGCAAUGUUUGUUGUAACAUCAAGAUGUCAUUCUGACCUUUUGAACAUUUCCCUGCAAGAGUAUCUUUUCGGCUUUGCAAGGAAAAGAAAUAAAUUUGCUCUAAGAAUAAAUAAAUAAAACAACUUACAAGAGUGUGAAUGGCUGCAAGCAUAUCGAAUGAACCAAGCAAAGCUUUUUCUUUUAUUGACUUGGCUACCUGGGCACAACAUUGUGGUGAUGACAUGAAAUGACUAUAGUAAAGUAUACCAUAAUGCAGUGUAAAACAUCAUCAUAGUUGGCUUACAAAUGUUAAAUAUUUCCAUUUAUUGUCUCGUAUCCAUUUGAGAUGGCAAACAGUCAUGAAAUGCAGUUAUUUUAAGUACAUAACAGAAAUUCAUUGCGAUGUUUAGAAUAAUAAUAGAGAUAUCUAUCAAAGCUGUUAAGGUGCAUAACAUCGUUGAACAAAACAGCAUAGAAUAUGAUCUUUGGGUUCUAUGGUGAACUGGUAAAAAGUUGAUCUUCUAAAUGGUUUCAAUGGAAAAGGUAAUUCAUUGUCUUGUGCUUAUUGAUCAUGACUGUAUGCAUGACUUUUAGCUAGCACUGUGGGCACUGUUGUUAUUAAACUUCUGUUUUUAGUAUGGUAACUUUUUAAUGCCUCAUAAGAAAAAGAAUAUCGACCUUGAUCCAUUCUUGGAACUUACAUGAUUCUCAGUAUAUGCUCUUUAUUUAUUUAUUUGUUUUUUGUUGAUCACCAGUUACUUUAUAACUUUAUAUUUGGUAUAUUCUAUGCAGAAAUAUGUUUUGUCAAAUGUCCAUCUUUUAUUUCCAGCAAUUGAAGGCAAGAAAGAUGUUGAGGUCUGUGACCUCAGUGUGCAUAUGCAAAGACAUGUAUAUUGUGUUCGAGUGUAGUGGACACAUAUUCUGAAGACUUUUCUGUCUUCAUGAAAUGUUGGUUGUCAUGAAAGAAAAACAAUCUAUGCACUUUUUAUCACCAUUGCUCUAUGCACUAAUGAUGAAUCAUUUUGAAAAGAGUAAGAAUUGUUCAAUUUUUCAUUUUUGUACAUUUGAUGUUUUGCCUAAAAAUGAGUUGUACAUGUAGGGGUCUCUUCACUGCAACUGUUGUGAUUUUACCAGUUCAUAAGUCAUUAGUUAUGGAAGAUUGUGUACUCUGUCCAACACGUUAAAAAAUGUUAACUUGUAAAGAAGGCCAAGUCUCAUUGUUUGCAUCGAAAAGAUUUGCUUUGCUUUGAGGACAGUAAUAUAAUUUAACCUUGUGCAUUAUGAUGUGAGUCAGCUAGAUGUGCUCUUAAAUAUUUUCUGAAUUAUCCAGGACUCAUCAUGUAUCUCUGUAACCAUAUGGUUAGUGCACUUGACUUCUGAGCAGGAAGUUGCAGGUUGGAAUCUCACUUAUCUUUGUGGGAAGGUCAGGGUUGGUGACAGAAGAUUUCUGGGAUUUGUCUUUUUAGUGUUCUACACAUAGUGAACUGUUUAGUAUAUAUUGUUCCCACAAGUACUAUGCUAUGGGACAUUUAUCUGUCAUGUAGACAUUGUCCAUAGUUACCAAUUCAUUAUUCUCAUUUGGGGUAAUUUUACGAACCAGUGCUCCUAGGAUGAAAUGUGAUGUGGCUCUCAUUGAAAGUAAUCUCCGAUAUUACUUGACACUUUAUUAGAGCCAGGCUAUUUACUGCGUAAUUCUGCUUUUAUGUUAACUCGUCACAUUACCGUAAUUGAGACCUAGGCCCAGUGUGUUGAUGUAGGAGUGUUUCCUAUUUUAUGAAAUGAGAUCAUAAUUCUGUGCAUAGUGACAGCCUGGUUUCUGCAUUUUAGAUGAUCUUAGAACUGUACCAGAAAAAGUUUCUGGUGGGAUUACAAAAUCUAUGAUUUUGGUUGCAGUUUUUAAGUUUUUACUUCCUUUUUGUUGCAUUUGUAUAAAUCAGAUCUAAUUGCUCUUGAAUGCAUUAAAUGACUCAGACUUCAUGCAUGUGUGACCCUUUGCAGCUGUGCACACUUUUUUUCAAAAAAUUUUGCAGGCAGUACGGUGGCGCAACAGUUAGUGCCUGUCACCAAUACAGUGAGGAUUAGCUAUCCUGGGCUCAAAUCUAGUCUCGGGCAUGCUGUUCUUUCUCUGCAGGGGAUAUCCGUGUUCUGGGCUGGCUGCUUUGCCGAAAUAUAGCCUUAGUUGCUGGCCUGACGUAUAUAACAAAUUCCUCCUCGUAGUUUUAAUCUUGCUAUUAGGUAAUGCCCUGGAGUAUGUUUAUCCAUUUCCUACUAUACAAAAAGCAUGGGACUUUCACAUUGUUUAGAGCAAGUUUCUUGUAGACAUUUGUAUAAAUUUGUAGCUUUUUUUAUCCCUUUGGGCAUGAUAGGCUACGUUAGUGGCUUAGCCAAAGAAGCACGGGGAAGGUGAUUUUCAUUACUUAUUUUGUAAAGUUCAAACUUUCUCCUUUCCAAAAAUGUGUAGGUUUCUUGGUCUUAUGUUUACCUGAAAGCAGCAAUAAUAAAAAAGAAACUUCACCCAC